UUUUCAUUUUCAUCCUCUUAGGAGUUGUAUCCUUCAGUCAUGACUGGACCUCUGGAUCAGAGUUGGAGAUGACAGUCAGACCAGGAGAAAACAUCACUCUCUACUGUGACUGCAAGUUAUCAACCGGAGUAUACAUCGUGUGGUACAGGAACUGCUCUCAUGAGAACCAGCCUUCUCUUGUCCUUAAAAAUGAAUGGACACAAACCACAAACAUUGAACGCGUACUUAAUCCUCUCCCUCGUUUCCACUUUGCGAGAAACUAUUCCUCCGAGUCCUAUGACCUGCUGAUCAUUAACAUCACGGAGACCGAUGAAGGGCUCUACUACUGUGGAACUGAAACGUUUGAUGUGGAGAGGGAAAAACAAAUUAUUCACAGAAAUCUUUACACAAAUGGCAACGUCUCAACAAGAAUCCGAUUAAACUCCAGUGAGCCUGAUCACAAUGAGACUUCACAAAACUGCGGUGUAAUGCAAGACUGCAAUGGUGUGUGCUGGAUGCUGCUGUUCUCUCUGUGUCCAGCUGUUGCUGCUCUGUCCUCCCUCCUCUCCUCUCUCCUGGUGUACCACCUCUGUAAGAAAGAAGCUAAAGAACUUCAAACUGAUCAGCAAACACCUCAAAAAAGACUAAAUCAGGAUGAAGAUGUGUGUUAUGCUGCACUGGAAUUUCGCCCGGCGUCACAUAGACCAAAGAGGACGACAACCCAGAGUUCUGACUUCAGCACCUAUUCUGCCAUCAACACUUCUAGGAUUUAAAGAGUUUGAACAACAGCACAAAGCAGAAUCUAUGACUGAUGUGUAAGAAA